UCGUCAGUCAAAUUACUUGGAAAACGUCUAAUUAUAGUAGUUACUGCGGUAUUCCCGUAAUGACCUCAGUGGUUCGCCCGGGAGAACUUGCAGUCCACGGAUUGCUCUUGCUAAUUUUCGGCACGGUUAGUGUAAGUGAAGUAUCGGCCCACGCGGUAGGUAUCACUGGGCAGAUUUGGGAAACCGGACGCGGGUAUGAAACAGAAAAUGGGUGUCACAUUUCCGCCGACAAUUUUUCAAAAGCUAACUACGGCCGUGUACCGCUUGGAAUGUGCAGUCACGUUAUCCUGAUCGAUUGGGUUGGCUUGAGCAAAGACGGAAAAUUGCUGCCUGUGAAGAAAUCUAGUCGAGCAUUAUCACUGUUCAGGGAACUGAAGCAACGAUUCCGGCAAGCCGGUGAUCCGGCGAGUUUCGUGGUGUCGAUCGGAAGAAUCAACCAGACCUCGAUGCACUUACCGCGAGCUGCUCGCGAAACCAACGGUCGAUGCGCUGUAAUCGAUAACGUGCUAUCGUUUGUGAUGAAGCACGGUUUCGACGGAGUGGACAUCGAGCUGAUGUAUCCAGAACAGUUUGGAGGUUCCGAAGCGAGCAAGGAAAACUUGGAGCUGUGGUUGAAACAGCUUUGGAUGCGAUUAGAUGAAAUCGGCAGGAGCCUAUCGCUUACGGUGCGUGUUGAUCCCCGUGUCAUUUCCGCUAGCUACGAUGCUGACCAAAUUCGUGGAAUGUACAGAAGCUGGGACUGGAAUUGGGACUGGAACUGGGACUGGAAGUGGGACUGGAAGUGGGAUUGGAACUGGGACCACAAGUCAGACUGGAAAGGGGAUUUGAAAUUGGACAACAUCGGGAAAUGGGUCUGGAAGUUAAUCUUCAAGGGUUGAAAAAAAAUUAUAUAUAUUAAAAGAUGAUGAACAUGUAGUUCAUAAUA